AUGGCUGGCCUGUUAUUGAUGAAGGUUGCCAGCUCGGUUGGCGUCGUUGGAUUACCGAAUAGUUCUUCGCUUAAUAGUUUCAACUGUGGCGCCCCCGCCCCCGACCUCGUCUCUCGAUCCUCGAUUGGUCUAAUUAUCCCUACCAUUGGUGGAACUCGUCCGAUGCGCGAGGAAAUUAGCCUGGCGCUAAGGAAUCCGGAUCCCGAGUUGACGAAUCCACUCGGGUAA